UGUAAUGGUAAUACUAAACUCACGAAUAAAGCAAAGCCAUUAAAAAUAAUUAGUUAAUAACUAGUUGUCUUUGUUGCACGUAAACACGGACUUCCCCAAAACUAAACAAAUUAGCCAAAGUCGUGAAGAUCAGUUUUCCCCGAAUUCAAAGGAAAACCAGUUUCGAAGUGCUUGUGACUCAUCAGUUUUCGCAGGCUCAAGGAGGUAAUUUCACCAUGGACGCCAGCAGGAACAAUGGAGAAUCCGGCGAUCAGGUGGGAAUAAGGGUGGAUAGUAAUCCCCUUGAUCACACGGAUGCCCUGGGAUCCGUUGGUUCGGGCAGCAGCGGACUGGCCACAGGAUCUUCAUCGCAUCCCUAUGGCACCGGAGCCAUCGGGCAGCUGGCCAACGGGUACAGCUCACCCUCGUCGAGCUACCGCAAGAAUGUGGCCAAAAUGGUCACCGAUCGCCAUGCAGCCGAGUACAAUAUGCGGCACAAGAAUCGGGGAAUGGCAUUGAUCUUCAACCAUGAGCACUUCGAAGUGCCCACACUGAAAUCCCGGGCAGGAACCAAUGUGGACUGUGAGAAUCUCACGCGAGUGCUCAAGCAGCUAGAUUUCGAGGUCACCGUGUACAAGGACUCCCGCUACAAGGAUAUUAUGAGAACAAUUGAGUAUGCUGCCACACAGAAUCAUGGCGACAGCGACUGCAUCCUGGUUGCCAUCUUGUCGCACGGCGAGAUGGGCUACAUCUACGCCAAGGAUAUGCAGUACAAGCUGGAGAACAUCUGGAGCUUCUUCACGGCCAAUCAUUGUCCUUCGUUGGCCGGAAAACCCAAGUUGUUCUUUAUUCAGGCCUGCCAGGGCGAUCGAUUGGACGGUGGGGUGACCAUGCAGCGUGGCCAGACGGAAACGGAUGGCGACUCCUCGAUGAGCUACAAGAUUCCGGUGCACGCCGACUUCCUGAUUGCCUACUCCACCGUUCCGGGAUUCUAUUCGUGGCGCAACACCACCCGCGGUAGCUGGUUUAUGCAGAGUCUGUGCGCCGAGCUGGCGGCCAAUGGCAAGCGCCUGGACAUCCUGACCCUGCUCACCUUCGUGUGCCAGCGGGUGGCCGUCGACUUUGAGUCCUGCACCCCGGACACACCGGAGAUGCACCAGCAGAAGCAGAUCCCCUGCAUCACCACCAUGCUGACGCGCAUUCUGCGUUUCAGCGACAAGCAGUUGGUGCCGGCCGGACGGGUUUGAUGGCUAAUGGUAUGGAUUGGGCGCUGGCUACGGCGAGGUGUGUGAUAAACCAAGUCGCAAUUAAGAUAAAAACUACCCCGGCUAUCGGCCUUAGCAGCAUAUUUUUAUAAAACACUUUUUAUACCCUGGCCAAGUGCUUGACGCGUACGGUUCCACUGCCACUGUUUCUUUUAUUUAAGCACAAAGUAUCUAUCAAUUGGCAUUUAUUAUUGUCGCAUUUGCCCGUCUGUAUAUUAGGGUGGGUAGAUUAAUAUAACUAAGUAAUCUAAGGGUUUUUUUGGCCAACAAUUUUGCAUUUUAAACUUGACUAAUUUGAUCUCAAAAUUCAAAAUUCCAAUUUGAAUCUAUACAAUAUUAUCGUCCCUUCAGUUCUCAAUCAGGAAAGUCGACCCACCCUUUUCUAUAUCUUAGACCAUUUACUCUCCUUUUUUAAAUGUUUAUACACAUAAAUAUCUUUAUAUUAUAAGCAUGUGUGUCAUGAUCGUCCAAAACAAAAAGCAAACGAUUUUAGCCUUUAGUUGAGAAUUUUAUGAACAAACAUAUACUAUCUCUCUAUACCAUUUGUACUCUUAUAUAAUACACAUUAGCAAAUGUUUUCCUUUCAAGUUUACCGCUAAUAAAUACGAUUGAAAACAAU